AUGCUUAUCCCAAUUCCGAAGUGAUCUAUGUGUGGACUCACAGCCCGGCAGCAUCCGUGGUAGUAGCAGAAGACGGUUCAAGGCUUAACCAGUAUCACUUGAUAGGGCAAACUGUCGGUUCUGAGAACAUCAGUACCAGCACAGGUGAAUAUACUAUAAUGAGAGCACACUUUCACCUGAAAAGAAAGAUUGGCUAUUUCGUCAUCCAGACAUAUCUUCCUUGUAUUAUGACGGUGAUCUUAUCCCAAGUAUCAUUUUGGUUAAACAGAGAAUCUGUCCCUGCUAGAACAGUCUUUGGGGUCACUACGGUCCUUACCAUGACAACUUUAAGCAUCAGCGCCCGCAACUCUCUACCAAAAGUGGCCUACGCUACCGCGAUGGACUGGUUCAUAGCCGUGUGCUACGCCUUUGUGUUUUCUGCACUGAUUGAAUUCGCCACAGUCAACUACUUCACAAAAAGAAGCUGGGCCUGGGAUGGCAAGAAGGCAUUAGAGGCUGCAAAAAAGAAG